AUGGCCGCCGCUUCCGGCAAGAGCAGGUUCGCCGUCACGUGCGCGCUCCUGCGGCAGUACAUGAGGGAGCACCGGGGGCAGAUGGAUGACCUCGCCGGCUUGUUCCAGGCGCCAGCGCUCCCGGUGGCGCCCGAGGAGAACGACGACGAGAGGAUCAUGCAGCUAUUCCCCAUCCGCGCCGCCGUGGCGAAGCCGGCCCAGGAGAGGCCGGAGAUGAAGAAGCAGGCCUCCAUGGCCAUCUUCUACGAGGUUCCUCAUCAAGUAGACGAUGCACAGAUGAGGGCGGCGUCGCUGCAUAGGUUCCUCAGGAAGAGGAAGGUCAGGAUCAGCGACACCAACCCUAACCGCAACGAGGACUCGACGCCGGCGAAGAAGCAGAAAGACGCCGCUGCAGGCAAGCCCUUCCAGGACGUGCCUGAUCCCGCGUGGCUCCGGCUUUGA